GGAGUGGGGCUGCGACUGAGACCGUGACCAUGGGCGGGAAGAACAAACAGCGGACCAAGGGGAACCUGAGGCCUUCAAACAGUGGCCGAGCUGCAGAACUCCUUGCCAAAGAACAGGGAACAGUCCCUGGAUUUAUUGGUUUUGGAACAUCUCAAAGUGACCUAGGCUAUGUUCCUGCUAUUCAAGGAGCUGAAGAAAUAGACAAUCUUGUAGAUUCUGAUUUCCGGAUGGUGCUGCGGAAACUUUCCAAGAAAGAUGUCACAACAAAGUUAAAAGCCAUGCAGGAAUUUGGAACAAUGUGUACAGAGAGAGACACAGAAGUUGUGAAAGGAGUUCUUCCAUACUGGCCAAGAAUUUUCUGUAAAAUUUCACUUGAUCAUGACCGCCGGGUUCGAGAAGCCACACAGCAAGCUUUUGAGAAACUCAUACUUAAAGUAAAGAAACACUUGGCUCCCUAUUUAAAAAGUUUAAUGGGAUAUUGGCUAAUGGCUCAGUGUGAUACUUAUACACCAGCUGCAUGUGCAGCAAAAGACGCAUUUGAAGCAGCUUUCCCUCCAAGCAAGCAACCUGAAGCCAUAGCAUUUUGUAAGGAUGAAAUUACAAAUGUGCUGCAUGAUCAUCUUAUAAAAGAAACACCUAAUACACUCAGUGACCCACAAGCUGUUCCAGAAGAAGAAAGACAAGCAAAAUUCUAUCGAGUUAUAACUUGUUCCUUAUUGGCCUUAAAGAAAUUGCUUACCCUCCUGUCUGAUAAUGAACUUGAUUCUCUGGAGGAGAAAUUUAAGUGUCUUUUAUCACACAAUAAGUUUUGGAAGUAUGGAAAACACAAUAUACCUCAGAUCCGCUCAGCUUAUUUUGAAUUAGUGUCUGCUUUGUGCCAGCGUAUUCCACAGUUGAUGAAAGAUGAAGCAUCCAAAGUCAGUCCAUCUGUUCUACUUAGCAUUGAUGAUAGUGACCCUGUUGUUUGCCCGGCUCUCUGGGAAGCUGUACUUUAUACACUUACAACUAUUGAGGACUGUUGGAUUCAUGUAAAUGCAAAAAAAAGUGUGUUUCCCAAGCUGUCAGCUGUGGUUCGUGAAGGUGGUCGGGGCCUGGCUACUGUUAUAUGUCCUUAUCUUCUUCCAUUUAUUAGCAAACUCCCUCAGUCGAUUACAGAUCCAAAGUUGGAUUUCUUCAAAAAUUUCCUCACUUCUCUAGUUUCAGGGCUUUCAACAGAGAGAAUCAAAACCAGUUUCUCGGAGUGUUCAGCUGUAGCAACUGCUUUUUUUGAGUGCUUACGCUUUAUAAUGCAGCAAUACCUAGGUGAGGAAGAGAUGGAAAAGAUGCUCGUCAAUGAUCAGUUGAUCCCUUUUAUUGAUGCAGUUCUCAAAGAGCCGAGAUUGCAAAAUGGCCAACUAUUUGACCAUUUAGCAGAAACUUUAAGUUCCUGGGAAACCAAGGCAGACAUGGAAAGAGAUGAGGAAACAGCUCACAACUUGGAGAAAGUAUUGUUGAAUUUCUGGCAAAGCCUGUCAGAGAUCUGUGUUGAGAAAAUUAAUGAGCCAGAGGCUGAUGAUAAGUCUGUUGUGGGUGUAUCUAGCCUGUUACAGGUUCUUCACAAGCCAAAGAGUGCAUUGAAGACAAAUAAAAAAAAAGUUGGUAAAGUUAGAUUUGCUGAUGAGAUACCUGAAAACAAAGAGAACGAAAAAGUUGUAUCUUCAGAAGGAGAGAACAGUGAAGGCUCUGAAUCAGUGACUGAACCUCUCACUCAUAAUCCUUCAGAGCUUGUAUCUAGUCUAAGGGAAAAACCUUUGGAAGACUUAGUCUGUAAACUAGCAGAGAUGAGUAUUAAUUAUGUCAAUCAACAAAUGUCAGAGCAACAUCUAAGGUUUCUUUCCACUCUGCUUAACACCUUCUCAUCAAGCCAGGUGUUUAAAGUGCUACUAGGUGACAAAAAACAGAAUAUUGUCAAAGGCAAAUCUAUUGAAAUAGCUAAGCUUGCACAAAAAAAUCCUGCGGUGCAGUUUUUAUAUCAGAAACUAAUUGGUUGGCUAAAUGAAGAUCAAAGGAAGGAUGCUGGUUUUCUGAUAGACAUUUUAUACAGUGCUCUCCAUUGCUGUGACAGCAAUACAGAAAGAAAGGAUAUCUUGAAUGAUUUAACACAGGUGGAGCUGAAAUGGAAUUCUCUUCUUCAGGUUAUUGAAAAGGCAUGUUCUAGUUUAGAUAAACAUGCUUUAGUAACUCUUUGGCUAAAAGGAGAGAUCCUUGGAGAGAAAUUGGUAAACUUGGCAGAGCAUCUAUGUAAUAUGGGCUUGGAAACCACAGAAUCUUACUUCUCAGAAAGAUGGACCCUUCUAAGCUUGGUAUUAUCCCAACAUAUCGAAAAUGAUUACUUGAUUGGAGAAGUAUAUGUUGAAAGAAUUAUUGUUAAACUUCAUGAAACUUUAUCCAAAACAAAGACAUUGUCAGAAGCUGAAAAUAAUGACUCAUCACUGCCUUAUGUCUGUGAUGUGGCCUAUAAUUAUUUCAACUCAGCAAAAGGAUGUUUGCUAAUGCCAUCAUCUGAAGAUUUGUUAUUAACUCUCUUUCAGUUAUGUGCUCAGAGCAAAGAAGAAACACAUUUGCCAGACUUUCUUAUCUGUAAACUGAAAAAUACUUGGCUGUCUGGUAUAAAUGUCUUGGUCCAUCAAAGUGACAGUACAUAUAAACAGAGUACCUUCCUACGUUUGUCUGCUCUUUGGCUCAAGAACCAAGUUCAGUCUUCAUCUUUGAAUAUCAUAAGUCUCCAAGUCCUCUUGUCUACGGUUGAUGAUUUCCUGAAUAAACUUCUGGAGAGUAAAGAUACUAAUCUUCUGAGAGCAUAUAUUGGAAAUGUUAUGCCAAACGACAGUGAAUGGGAGCAGAUGAGAGAGUCUCUUCCUAUGCAGUGGUUGCACAGGCCUCUUUUAGAAGGAAGAUUGAGUUUGAAUCAUGAAUGUUUCAAAACAGAUUUUAAGGAAGAAGAUAUAAAGACACUUCCUAGCCAUUUAUGUACUUCAGCAUUAUUAAGCAAAAUGAUCUUAGUUGCACUGAAAAAGGAAGUAGUCCUUGACAAUAAUGAGCUUGAGAAAAUAAUUGCAGAACUGCUCUAUUCACUGCAAUGGUGUGAAGAAUUAGACAAUCCACCUAUUUUUGUAACUGGAUUUUGUGAAAUGCUUCAAAGAAUGAAUAUUACAUAUGAUAGCUUAUGUGCCCUUGGUAAUACUUCUGGCCUUUUGCAGCUGAUAUUUAAAAGAUCCAAAGAAAAUGGCACCCUUUGGUCUCUUAUUAUUGUUAAGUUGAUCUUUUCUCGAAGCAUUACAUCUGAGGACGUAAAACACCAUUAUAGAAGAGAAGAAGACAGUUUUUUUCCACUAACAGAAGGUAAUUUGCAUACCAUUCAAAGUCUCUGUCCAUUUUUGUUGAAAGAAGAAAAGAAAAAAUUCAUUGCUGAAUGCAUACCUGCACUUUUGGCCUGGCCUAAGGAGGACCUUUACUAUAUUGAUGGAGGUUUUGGAUAUUUUGCCAUUUUCAAUUCUUCUCUACAAACCAAAAGCAUAGAUGAUGAAGAGUUGUUACAUGGUAUACUAAAAGUAAUAAUAACCUGGAAGACAAAUUAUGAAGAUAUUUUUCUCUUCAGUUGUAAUCUAUCAGAAGCAAAUCCAGAGACACUAGGAAUAAAUAUAGAAAUAAUCCGGUUUCUUUCUCUGUUCCUGAAAUAUUGCUCAUCUCCUUUGGCAGAGAGUGAGUGGGACUUCAUCAUGUGUUCCAUGUUGGCUUGGUUGGAGACAGCGAGCGAGAAUCAUGCGCUGUAUUUUGAUCCUCUUGUACAACUCUUUGCCUGUGUCAGCUGUGGCUUGGCCUGUGAUCUCAGUGUGUUUUUUGAUUCCACAACUCUGGAUACUGUUGGCAAUCUUCCUGUAAAUCUAAUCAGUGAAUGGAAAGAAUUUUUUUCCCAAGGCAUCCAUAGUUUGCUUUUACCUCUUUUGAUGACUGUUACAGUAGAAAGCAAAGAUCCAUCUGAAACAUCCUUUCAGAAUGCAGUGCUGAAGCCUAUGUGUGAAACAUUAACACAUAUAUCAAAGGAUCAACUCUUGAGUCACAAACUCCCUGCAAGAUUUGUUACUGGCCAAAAAACAAACUUACCAGAACAUCUCCAGACUUUGCUAAACACCUUGGCCCCAUUACUCCUCUUCAGAGCUAGACCUGUGCAAAUUGCUGUUUAUCAUAUGCUCUACAAAUUGAUGCCUGAAUUACCACAGUAUGAUCAGGAUAAUCUAAAGUCAUAUGGAGAUGAGGAGGAAGAGCCAGCCCUGUCACCACCGGCAGUGCUCAUGUCUCUUCUUAAUACUCAAGAGGACUUACUAGAAAAUGUUUUGGGGUGUAUUUCUGUUGGACAGAUAGUAACUAUUAAGCCACUAAGUGAGGAUUUCUGUUAUGUUCUGGGAUACCUCCUCACAUGGAAAUUAAUACUUACUUUCUUCAAAGCUGCUUCAUCUCAGCUUCGGGCUCUCUAUUCGAUGUAUCUUCGGAAAACAAAGAGUUUGAAUAAAUUGCUCUAUCACUUGUUCAGGCUUAUGCCAGAAAAUCCAACUUACGGAGAGUCAGUUCUUGAGUUCUCAAAUAAGGACCCUAAAACAUUCUUUACUGAGGAGCUCCGUUUGAGUAUUAGAGAAACAGCAACUCUUCCAUACCAAAUUCCACACUUGGCUUGUUCAGUCUAUCAUAUGACAUUGAAAGACUUGCCCGCUAUGGUUAGGCUGUGGUGGAAUAGUAGUGAGAAGCGUAUUUUCAAUAUUGUAGAUAGAUUUACAAGCAAGUAUGUCAGCAAUGUGCUUUCUUUUCAAGAAAUAUCUUCUGUACAAACAAGUACACAACUCUUUAAUGGCAUGACGGUUAAAGCUCGAGCUGCCACUCGAGAAGUAAUGGCUACUUAUACUAUUGAGGACAUAGUUAUUGAACUUAUAAUCCAGCUACCUUCAAAUUACCCACUGGGUUCAAUAACGGUGGAAAGUGGGAAAAGAGUUGGAGUGGCUGUGCAGCAGUGGCGGAACUGGAUGCUGCAGUUAAGCACUUACCUCACCCAUCAAAAUGGAAGUAUUAUGGAAGGCUUAGCAUUAUGGAAAAAUAAUGUCGAUAAACGCUUUGAGGGUGUUGAAGAUUGCAUGAUCUGUUUCUCAGUCAUUCAUGGUUUCAACUAUUCUCUACCCAAAAAAGCCUGUAGAACAUGCAAGAAAAAGUUCCAUUCAGCCUGUUUGUACAAAUGGUUUACGUCUAGCAACAAAUCCACCUGUCCACUCUGUCGUGAGACCUUUUUCUAAAAUACUUUUUUCAUUGGAAAUGAUCCCUGAAGUAAAUCAAGUAAAGACAGUGGAUCUGGACCCAUCUUAAAAGUGUUGAUGUGAAGAAGCCAGUGAGCAUUACUUUUAAAUAGGAGCUUCUCUGGAAAAUUAUUUUGGUUAAUGUAAUGAUCCAAAAAUCAGGUUUACUUACCUUUAGAUUGCUUUGUAAAUGUUUCGAAACCUUUUCUUUUACAUAAGAAUAUUACAUAUUUGAGAGAAAAUAUUUAUAUUAAUAGUUUAAUCUGUUUGUAUAUUUUAAAAUAAAUACGAAAGUACCCUAAAUUAUAGAAUUGGAAUUUGUGAAAGCAUUAUAGCAACUAUAUUAGACUGAUAAAUUUAUUCAGUUUGUUGAUCUGUAUUGUACAACAGUCCAAGUGAGGCAGAAUGAAUUGAGAGGUUAAUGAUUUAUAUCUGCAGAUGUUUUAAGACUUGUUAUUUAUUAGUUUGAGAAAAACAGAAAUAUUCUGAUAUUUGUAGAUUUUUUAAUUAUGAAAAGGGACUAAGCUACUUAAUAUGGCUUAUCUUAAGCUAUUUGAAGUAUGCUCUGAAAUCCUAUAUAAAAGAGUGUAAACUGACUUUAAGGUGUCUCCAUUUAUCAAGGAUUAUGAAAUUUAGAAAAUUAAAUUCAUGACACUGACACUUUCCUUAAGGAAUUGCCAUGUAUGAGUAAAAUCUGACUUACAUACUUGUCAAUGAAUUUAUUACUCAGUGUGAGUGAGUCUCCAGAGGGUGAAAAUUUGAGAGAAACAGGAAUUAGAUUAUUUCAUUCAUGAAGCAGAGAGGUAUUCAUUCAUCCCUGUAAUGAGAGGGGAAAUAAAUGAGUAUUUCUGAAACAUAAGAGCUGAUGGGAAAAUACAAAAUUUAAAAGUGUUGUAGGAAGGCUUCAAUUCUGUAAGCAAAAUUUUGCUAUUAUUAUUGGCCAAAGAUACACUAAAUAAGGGAUUUAUGGGAGCUAAUUCUUUUUGGUCUUCAGAAAUAAAAGUUAAGAAUUUUAAUAGUAAGUAAAAUUCAGUAUAGUAGGCUGAAGUGGAGUAGGUGAAAACCUGUCCUUUGCCACAGCACUAUCGCUCUUAAUAAUUGUGCCCCAAAUAUGUAAGUAUAGAAAUUUGGAACUUGGAAUACUUUUAUUGCAGUCUUCCAUUUCAUGGGAAAUACUAGCAUAUGUAAUAGCUAGGAAACUUAAGAUCAUCUGAUCAUCUGUUGCAAAUGUUUUAUUGGCAAAAAGCAGCUCAUGUUAAAUAAAAUCACUGCUUACCAUCAACUGGGUAAAAUGGGUAUUAUUGAAAUAGUAUGAAUGUGGUCAGAGGAUUACAGCCGAGUGUGAGUAUUUGUAAAUGCAGUGUUCUACCCAGUUUUGUCUGUCUCCUACUUUUUUUCUGGGUAGUAUUUCUUAUCUUCUAUCUUUGAGGCUGAAGCAGUCAGUAAAUGAAGUUAGAUAGAAAAAUUCUACUACCUCUUUUUAACCCGUCUUAAAAUCUUCUCUGUGUCUCUUUCUAAUGUAGUAAUCCCAGAGGAUUUUGUUACUUGUUUGUGAAACUUUUUUUUCCCCCCUUAAAAAUGGUUUUAUAAUAAGGCUUUGUUUUUAACUUUUCCAGUAUUGCUACUUCUUGGCUUCUGACCCAGUCCCCAUGUAGAAAAGGAAAGGGAAGAAUGGAGCAUUGUUUUCACAUUAGUAGUAGGGUAUCAGGUUCCUGAUAAAACACUGUAAUUAACUGGAGUGCCUAUUGUUCAUACUUGGAACUCUUAACACAUUUCUUUAAGACUUCCAAAUAAAUAUAAAGCUCGUUACUGUCUAUAUGGUAAAGAAAAAGCUUUCCAAAACAAGACUGAAAUUCUAAAUAAAGUUUUAUUUAUGUAGUGUCAACAACACUAACAAGAAGGAUAGCAUGCCUUGAAAUUUUUGCAUAUCAACACUUUGAAGCUGCAUGAGCUUCAAAGCCCAUUAGCAAAUUAUUAAUUUAAAACCCUAAAGUAACAUAAAAUUUAAAAUUUAUUUUUGACUCUUAUCACAUGCUCUAAUGUAUUAUAUAAAUUUGUGACUUAAAAUGAAUGUUAUUCAUAAGUUUUGUGGUGUCAAUAAUGUUAUUUGAUUGUUAUACCAUAUGUGCCCAUUAAAAUUAUUUUUAAUUUUAAAAUAUUUCAAAUAUACUGAAAAAAUACAAUAUAAAUGCCCUUGUACACUUGACAAACUUCUUUGCCAUAUUUGCUUCUGAUUUUUACAAAAAUAAAAUCUUACUUAUUU